CGCAACAAGAAAUCGCGAUCCGCAUCACGCGUCUUAUGAAACUCUAUUCACGGGACUUUUUUUUAUUUAUACAAACUGAAGACUGACCUUUUUUUAUACCACAAUAAAAGGCCUACUUUGCCCAGAUACACGUCUCUUCGUCUCUUAUUACUAUAUUUUAGACCCCAUGUUGUCAGAAAACGUGCCCAACGUUGCCUAAUAAACAUUAUACACGCGUUCGCUAUGAAAGCCAAAACCCUGGAAGUUAUCAAGAUAACAGGACUACGAACUUACGAACUUACAAUAUUUAACUCCUUAACCUAGGGCUAUCAACUUAUUUUUAAGCUGUUCGAGUGAAUUUUAUUUCAGUCGACGCUUAUACUGCACUCCGCAAGACCACCUAGUUUUAUCUCAACAAUUCUUCAGAGUUACGAGGUUAAGUGAGAGUUAGCAGGAUGUCAACCCCUAUCGUCUACGAAGGGGCCAUAGCCCGUACGAACCCUUCUCAAAAUGGUCUAUUUAGCGACAUGAGUUUUUGGGUAGGACAUCGUGUGCCACAGCGGCUCCAUUUUGUUCAAAUGAUUCAGAACAACGGGGGCCAGGUGGUUCCUCUCGAGAAGAACGCCGAUUAUCUGAUCGCCGACCAUGUUAAAAAGAAUGCUUGUCCACCUGGAUCAUAUUCUUAUAAGUGGAUCGAAGAGUCUUGUAAAGCUGGCGUUCUGAAGGAACCCGAAGAUUACUUGUGUGUGCCUACUAAACGGAGUGAGCCUCAACCUUCUGGUUCGGCCGCUCCUCUAAAGACUACAAGGACUAAGUUCACCGCCGAGGAUGACCUGAUCCUCAGGAGAUGGGUUGCCAGUAACGAGAGAAAGGGCGAGUCAGUAGCAGGGAAUGUAAUUUAUAAACAGCUCGAAGAUAAGUAUCCACACCAUACUUAUCAGUCGUGGCGAGACCGGUGGGUCAAAAUUUUGCAACAUCUCCCUCGGCCGAAAGAGUCUGAUACAACGCCGUCUCCUCCGCCAACUAGGCGAACGGCUGACACUUCAACCCAUGCUUCUCCCAAGACUCCUGGAUCUCUUGGGAGGCGCGUGCCUACUGGGAAUGCUGCAGCUACCCGGGGGCGGGUUAAAUUUACCGAAAAGGACGAUGAGAUACUCACGCAACACAUCAGGGAAUGCAGACGUCAGGGCAAGCCAAUUGCAGGGUUGAAGAUUUUCCGUGAUCUCGCUAACGACUUCCCGCAUCAUACAGAGCAAUCAUGGAGGACUCGUUGGACUAAGGUACUUGAACCGAGGUUUAUCAUGGGUCCUGCUGAAGAGGAACCCGAAGAGGAACUUGAAGAAGAACUUGAAGAAGAACCUGAAGAAGAGCGUGAAGAAACGGCAAAAGCAGUACUAGGUACGCGAAUGGAAGCCGAACAGCCCCACAACAUAACAACGCCGCUAAAGAGCCAUCGAUCGCGGAGUUCGACACAUGUAUUGCAUACCGUAAAUGAAGUACCAAGAGUAGUUACUAGUCCGACCGAGGAUAACGUAGUUAAUAACGGUAAAGGGCCCCAGAUUCUUCAUACUGAAGUUCGGACAACACCUCGGGCGCCUAUACAGGAACUAGAAGAACUAGCAGUCGACCUUGAUCAAUCAUUUCUUACGAAGGAGGAAUUCCUUCGCAACUAUCAGGAAUAUGUGAAAGACCAAGAACUCCAAUUGGUACCCUGGUUCACGAUAAAAGGGCGUACGUUCGAACCUUGGGAUUUAUGGGAAGCUGUCGUCUCUCAGAAGAUGGACCCUAGUGAGCGCGACUGGCAACAAAUUGCGGAAAAGCUUGGGUUCGACUGGGUUCGGCAUGAAACCAUUCACGAUGAGAUCAGAGAGUGUUAUGAGAAACAUCUUGCUGAUUUUGAAGAAAUUCAGAAGACGUUUGCAGCUUAUGAAAAACUUCGGAAGAGUUUCAAUGGCGAUCCGGACGAUGAUAGCGAGGACGAAGAUGAUGAAGAUGAUGAGUCAAAUGCUAAAGAACUUUUACCAUCAUCACCACCAAUCAUGCCCUCAUUAAAGCGAUCAUUUGACGCACAUCGAUCAUCAUCCGAUCAUACAUACCCACAGCCGUCACCUAAGCGGCGAAGAAUCAAUCGGGACACGGAGAUUCCGUCUACUCCCGAGCAUAUGAAUCAAGCUUCUGAUCUGCGCUCUCAAGCUGAUAACGGCACAACCCUUAGCGCUAGACGAUCGACCCAGCGUGCUGUAAACAAGAGAACUGAAGAGAACGAAUCUCAAGAUACAGUCCCUGAGCUUCCAGUCUUUGAAACCCAGGUAAAUUUUGAGAUGGAGUCGCAAUGCAACAUUACUCCGUCGCAGCAGCUUCAUCAAGAGUCCGAUGCGAUAUCUCCGGAUCUUGCAGAUGCAUCACCUACGCCCAAGGUUGGAAUCCAGAUCGCCAAUCCAGGAACCCCUACCCCGAAAAGAUUAACCCGGAAUCCUUCCCAAGAAGACUCCGAUGACGAGAUGGCAGAAAUAACAACUACUAGUCACAGCAACUAUAUUCCUGUAAAGGUCAAUAAUGCAGAGAAAACUAAGCGUCGUUCUCUGCCAAAAUCUUAUACUCAAAAAUCACCGCCUACUAGUGGUAUUUCUACUUCAGCAGUAGCUCCCAGAGAAAAUACUCAACACUCACGCCUAGCACGGUCUCAACCGCCACGUCGCUUAAGUUCGCCCAAAGAAACGCCGGAAGAUGUCAUCGAUCGUUUUUGCUCUUUAGGCUAUCCGAGAGGGAUAGUGCUCCAAUCGCUACGGGCCACAACCUGGCGGCUUGGUGACGCCGGUCAGGUCAUGGAAAUACUGAAACGGGGUGAGGAGCUGCCACAGAGGACCCACGGAGUCUGGACACGGCGCGACGAUGAUGCAUUAAAGUUGGCGACAUCGGACGAGCCCCCAAAGGAUGAUAAGGAGAAGAGGAAGCGCAUAAAGGCUCGAGAGCGGCUUGAGAAGAAGCACGGUCCAGAAUUGAUAGAGCUUCGGCGCAAGUAUUUGUGGGAAGUUGUAUAACACCCAGGCUAUAGUUGUACUUAGCUGUGAGGUAUUGCGCCUAUGUGUUAGGUAUUGUCAGAGUCAUUAUAUGCUUACAUAGUACAUACAUGUACGUAGGCAGUAUGGAGAUAUAAAUGUACUUGAACUCUAUCUUCUAUAUUACAUCAAAGCGUCUAUAAGUUUAAGGAUCUUGUUGAUAUUAAAGGGGAAGGGGAAACAUCAAACUUUAGAUUUGCUUAAACCCCAAAAGUAACCGAGCAAAGCUGAAGAAGUCAUGGGCAAUUUCGAUCACUUACAAAUAUCUACUAUAGCUUCAGAACCAAUAAAAUGCGUAAAGCUAUGACCCCUCGAACAGGUAUGUAAGCCCCUGCGUUCGCUAUACGCUCGCUAUACUCGUGCAACUAUUCAACUUUAAACCUCAUUAACAGAUUACCUACUAUAUAGUAAUACCUAGAUGUAGGCUUACCUAUAAUUAUAUAUAAGGUACCUACCUACCUACCUACCUAGGUAUAUACCCAAGCUAUUAUGGCCGAAGCUCCGUUUC